UUUUGGUUUUACGCGCCUCCCACCAAUAACCUACCAGUCAUGGUAGGCACACGUCAAUCUGCAAGGGUUAAGGCCCAAGCUACUCGCGCGAACGCGUCAGGACCAGCCGAAGGGUCAUCCAAGCGUCAAAAAAGACAAGAAUCAGACAACGAGAGUGCCGUUGACGAGGAUGACAAUGAAGAAGACGAGGAAGACGAGGAAGAACAAAAGGGCAAAAGGAAGUGGAAAGGAAAAGCCGUAGCAAAGCAGCCACCCAAGAAGCGUGCAAAGACAACAAAUAAAACUAGACGAAAGACUGUCGAUAUUAGCGGAAAACUCAGUUUAUUACCAACCCAACCUGUUGAUAUUUUACUUGAGAUUUGGCACUACCUUCCACUGCAGACGCUCUUCUCGCUCACCCGUGUCAACAAGGCAUUCCGGAAGAAUAUCUUGUCUCCAGAAUGCCUCUCUGUAUGGAAGUCCUUCAGAACAGCUCGAAAAGCACCCAAACCUCUUCCUGGCCUUUCUGAACAGCAAUGGGCUAGAAUGUUAUUUAUUGAGAGUUGUCAGCGUUGCGGAAAGACCAGGAAACACGCAACCUAUCCCAUCUGGGAGUGCGGAGAACGCCUAUGUACCAAUUGUCUCAAGGCGAGCUGCAUCACCAAACGCAAAUUCUCAACCAGAUAUAGCGGCCGUGACGUUAGUAUAUUGGAUUUGAUCCUUCCAGCUUACGAGCACCCAAACUACUUGUAUCCUGUCAAUGAGAUUGAAAAAAUUAUUGCUGCAUUUGAUGCAUGCAAAGACGACGCAGCGCGCAAGUUCUAUAUCCAGGAGCGCGAAGAAUCCCUCCGCGAAACAAAACAACAUAUAAAACUCUGUCAGAAAUGGAAAUGGAAAUAUCAGAGCCGUGUUAUGGACGAAGAACAAGAUGGAAUGAACAUGCGACGUGAACAGAUAAAACACAAGCUUCUUGAGCUCGGAUACACAGAAAAGGAUGUGGAGCGCUCAGGCUACUCAAUGCUUUCCUCUGCCAUUGCGCACAAUCCGUUGACCGACAAGGGAUGGGUUUUGAUUAGAGCCAGUGUAGUCACUGCCCUCGAGAUGUCACGCGUGUGCAGAGCAUUUGCCCCGGACGCGGCUGAUGUUCUGUUAUCGAGGCGGGAAAUGCUCUCCGAUGCCUACGACCGCUACAAGAAAACGCUUUCGCCCAUAGAUUGCCGGGACCUCCCCAAUGUUCCCACUGUGAUGUUCAUGUAUACGCUCAUCCAGUCCCUUUUCACCGUCCCAGACUCGCAUUUCAUUGACACGGAACAAGUUAACCAGGCUUUUACCGCGACGUUGCCUGAGAUUUCAGCCUUUUCCGCCAAUGUAAGGACUCGGUUGACGCAAGAGCUGGAAUGUGGGUCUGUUACGGACUGGCGGAAGCGUUUGUUCGGUAGUUAUUGUCCGCAAGGUCACGCAAACAUCGCCAAUCCAGAACGUUUGGUCGGAUUCGCCGGUCCCUCUCCUCCUGCCAACCAGAACUCUUUGGAUCUCGCCCUCACUGUGAUUUAUUGUAAUCAAUGUUGGUCACUCUUCCCUUCCGUACGAACGGCUCUUCACCACCUUCACUGCCCACUCUGCUGUUUUUCGAAUCAUGCAUUCGAACGACGAUUCUUGUACCAUGGUCGGCGUGACACCAUGACUUUGAAGGCCACUGACUGCUCGCGUGCUGUGGUUUCCAUGAUCGAAGCCACUGGCUCGGAUAUUAACACAACAACCGCGGAUCAGAUGGAUGAGAGGGGUGAUGUCUUCGAGUGUCUUAGAUGCGAACGCAAAGGUAAUACGUUUGUAGGGAGGUGGAGGGAAUGCAUCAAACACUAUGUGAAUACGGCCACGCACUUGCCUUUAGACCCUGCAGAUCCUAUACCUGCGGCUGAAGAACCUUUGUUCAAGCGGAUUGACACCGGAAAUCACGAAGACCAGAGAAAAUCUUGGGCCUGUGCUCACUGCUUUGUUCACCUGGAGGGUGGCAAUGCUACCAGAGCCGACGUUGUGGCGCACGUGUCUUCCGAGCACAAUGUUGCUGAACCCAGUGUACCCACCGACUUCUUUUACAAUGGACAUGAAUGCGAUGGGAAUCCGACUAGGAUGCAGGACCUGGGUCUAGACCCGUGCAACAAUUCCGAUGUUGGUUCUUCGAAAGUCAAGUUCGAUUCAGAUUCAGAUUAGAAAGACUAUUCGGUUACCUGUUGUGUAGAUUUUUUGUGCCCUUCAUUGUUUUCUUUCAUUCUUGAAUCCAUCUAUACAUGAUAAGUUCGAGAUAAUAUUUACCAUACAUCUGUCGAAUGUCGUUUUCCC